CUCGUGUAAACAGCUCAGCUCAGUGAGCGCACAAAGAUUGUCUUCUGUAGCCUGGACUUAAACCCUCAGACCGCAACAAAAGAUGUCAGCACAACCGCCAAAGUUGAUUCCUCGAAAGCCUUCAGGCGUCCGAGUCAUGCCCGUCCCAAAGCACCAGAUUCUUCGUAAUGAGCUUCCUGAAAGAACGGAUUCUGAUAGAGAGAAUGACGCCAAUGAAGAGUCAAACCCCUCAUCUUUAAAUGCAGAGAGAGAAGUGGCGAUUCUGAACCACUGUUUCGAUGACAUCGAGCGAUUCAUGGUGCGUUUGCAGCAGGCGGCUGAGGCACAAAGUAUUCUCAAUCAGAGGAAGAAAAGAAGCAGGAAGAGUUGGAAGCAAAGCCAAGAUGGCGAUGACUUGAUGACGCUGAAAGCAGUUCCUCCAUCAGAGGAGGAAUUUGUGGGCAUAUUUGAGAAGAUCAAGUACUCCUUUAGUUUGCUGGAUCGCGUCAAGUCAGUCAUAACUGAUCCGACUGCACCAGAGUUGCUGCAUCAUAUCUUUUUGCCACUUUUACUGCUGGUGAAAACCACAGGUGGGCCAACAUUAGGCGGGUCAGUCGUCAGUCCCGCGCUGACGACUGGUGCUGUUUCGCUACUUCAGGAGCAUCUCGCUGAAGACGAAAAGCAGCUCUGGAUAGAGUUAGGGCCCAACUGGACUUCUCCUUGCUCCCAACUGGGUGUGUCUGUUCCUCCUUACUCGCCCGUCUUCCUGGAUGGAUGGCAGCCACAGGCAUUUGACUCCUCUGGUUUGCCUUUGGAAGAUCCCGUUGAGUCGCAGCACAAACAAGAUGUUUACGUUCAGAGUAAACAGGCUGUCGGAGGCCACGUUGAAGAGACUGAUGAAGUAGAGGGAACUGGACUUCCACCACCAGGGGAGAGACAUUACUGCUGCACUUAUGAUUUUGUUGCAAGAAACAGCAGUGAGCUCUCGGUCCUGCAAGGAGAAACACUGGAGAUCCUGGAUUCUUCAAAACGAUGGUGGAAGUGUCGCAAUCGCUUUGACCAGAUAGGAUUUGUUCCACAUAAUAUCUUGGAGCCAAUGUCAGCUUUAAAUAACACCUGUGUCGAAAAGCCAGUGAAGUCACCAAUCUCUCCUUGCACGACGUUCUUUCCGCACGCUCCACUGAGCCCAGUUGGCAUUACUCCGACUGCGACGUACCAAACUGCACAGCCUCAGAACAUGAAUUCAUCACCCGCAACGAUAAACGGAGACAAUGGCGAGCGAGUGCUGAUUAUGAAUGACGAACUUCUUCGACGAAUGGCUCAGAAAAGAGUCUCCGGCAACCGUCCUUCUUUCAUGCAGUCUCGCUCGGUGGAAGCUCCUCUUCCCUUGAACUAUCACUCGCAACCAAAUGAAGUAGAGGCCUGGCUUGAAGCAAAGGGCUUCAGUAAACAGACGGUCCAGAGUCUUGGCGUUUUAACCGGAGCACAGCUUUUUUCCCUGAACAAAGCGGAGUUCUGUGAAGUGUCACAGGAGGAAGGCGUCAGAGUUUACAGCCAAAUUAUGAUGCAGAAGGCCCUUCUCGAGGAUGUGCGUAAAGUCUCUGAAUUGGAGAAGGCAAUGGAGAGGCAAAAGCUGAGGAUCGGCAUGAUGGAGUGAGACUCUUUGCCAACGUGACAAUUUGAAUCAUUUAUUUGUUAUGAGUCCUAUGUACAGCUGACGGAUGUGUCAAGUAGUUUUGCUGCGGAUUGACAAAAGAUCAAGGUAAAAAGUGAAUGUAUUACAAGAAUAGACUGAGAUAGUUCUUAAAGCUAGAAACCCAUAAAAUGUGCAUUCUGAAAAUACUGUGACAUGACUGUUGCAUCUGCUAUCAAAUGCUAUUAAACACUCUUUUCAUUUACUAUAAAUAUAACAGGUGAAUUAUUGGAGGUACUGUUAUAUGUGCAUUUCUGUAAGAAAUCAUUGCUGUAGUAAAAGCAUUUUAGUACUAUGUAAUUGCAGCCGAACAAACGGGUUUACAACAAAACAUGCAAUUUUUUAGGGCAUAACAUUUACCAAAAUAUGCCAUCUGAGAUAUUCCAAGAUCUACAUUAUUGAAGCACUAGCCAUUUUUUCAUGUUUAAUUGCAAUUAUAUGAUGUUUAAGACCUUUUAAUUGAAGUUCACAUCUUACAUUUCAAAACUAUUUCUGCAUGUAAUUUUAGAUGGUAAGAUUUCACUGAAGUGAAGGCAAUAUAAAGAAGAAUUCAAUGAUUUCUUGGCAGCAGUGUGCAGUUUGAGCGAUUGUGUGUAAAUGUACAUCUAUGUACAGUGUAUCACAAAAUUGAGUACACCCCUCGCAUUUAUCAGCAUUAUUUAGCAAAUAUUUAAGUAUAUCUUUUCAUGGGACAACACUGGCAAAAUGACACUUUGACACAAUGAAA